UCGUCCUCCCGUCGGCUUAGCAUCGCCUUCCGGUCGGCUGGUCACCGUCUCCCGUCGGAUCGUCGGCCGGUGUCUCACGGACGUCAUGUUAACAAGGUUGAUCCCGAUGUUCUUCGCCGCGGUUGCCAUGGCACCGCUGGUUGUCAUGGUUACCGGCCAGAGCCCUACAGAACAAGAACUGCAGCAGGCGGUCACCCAGGCAAAAGCAGACGUGGCGGCUGAAGAGGCAGCCAAUGUAGUGCCCGGAAGUGCUGAACCGGAGGAAAGCCCGUUCUCCGGAGCUCUGAACGCGCUGGCCAGGGAACAUCGCUCCACCCCGAUGGCAAAGGAGCUCAGCAGGUGUGCCACCGUCUUGGAGAAAGUGGCAAAAUACUUCAUGAGCAGCUCCAGGCGUAGAAGCUACACUAUAGCAAUGCUGUCCGCCAUCGACUCUCAGACCGUGACAAGUGUUUGUGACGUCACCUCCAUGAAGCCGAUCACGUGCCCUUCACCAGCCGUCCCGGAGUUCCGUUCGGCAAACGGCCGUUGUAACAACCGGCACAACCCCCUCUGGGGAAGUAGUGAGGAACCCUUAAUAAGGCUGCUGGAGCCUGAAUACGGCGACGGUCUCAUGACACCCCGCAGAACUGGACAUGACGGCGCCCCCCUCCCCAGCGCGCGGCUGGUCAGCACGACCAUGCACGAGGACCUGCGGAAAUCCAGCCUGGUCAACACCCACAUGGUCAUGCAGUUCGGACAGUUCCUGGACCACGACAUCACUCUCACGCCCAACUUCCAGGAAGAAGGUCUCGUCUGUAGCUCUGAAGUAGGGGCGGACUGGUCGGCGUUCUGUAAUCACCAUGGCAACGUCAUUGACUGGGCAACCGCUAACAUCCAAGUUGUGGGUCAGGCCGUCAGUGAUCAGUAUCGUUGUCCAGCCACCCCGACACCCGGCUCCGGUGACCAGAAGAGAACAACCUUCCCCUCUCCGCGCAGCACCAGUAACUACGUCAGGCUGAUGACGUCAUUGUCUCAGGACUUACGGAGUUUUACUCUAUGUCUGCACAUGCGCACUGACAUGAGCUCCAGCAGCGACGCAGCUUUGGUCAGCUACGCUGUGACGCAACAGGCCAACGAGCUACUCGUCUUCAAUAAGGGAGGGCGCGGUUUGAAGGUGAACCUCUGGGACCGCGUGCUGUCUCCAGCUGAAGUAGGGGCGGACUGGUCGGCGUUCUGUAAUCACCAUGGCAACGUCAUUGACUGGGCAACCGCUAACAUCCAAAUUGUGGGUCAGGCCGUCAGUGGUGACCAGAAGAGAACAACCUUCCCCUCUCCGCGCAGCACCAGUAACUACUUGUUUAUACAAGGCCAGGAAGUUGUCCUGGGUCCCUUGCCGGUGUGGGACGGCGCGCGGCACGCCUUAUGUGUUACCUGGCGCAGCAGUGAUGGCGCUUGGCAGGUCUUCGCUGACGGUGUGCUGAAGAAUAGCGGCUCGGGAUUUUGCAGGGGUGACAGAGUGCGCAGCGGUGGUACAUUGAUCCUCGCACAGGAGCAAGACCGAGUUGGGGGAGGGUUCGACAGAAAUCAAGCGUUCAGCGGAGAACUGUCACAGGUGAACCUCUGGUACCGCGUGCUGUCUCCAGCUGAAGUAGGGGCGGACUGGUCGGCGUUCUGUAAUCACCAUGGCAACGUCAUUGACUGGGCAACCGCUAACAUCCAAAUUGUGGGUCAGGCCGUCAGUGGCCAGGAAGUUGUCCUGGGUCCCUUGCCGGUGUGGGACGGCGCGCGGCACGCCUUAUGUGUUACCUGGCGCAGCAGUGAUGGCUCUUGGCAGGUCUUCGCUGACGGUGUGCUGAAGAAUAGCGGCUCGAGAUUUCGCAGGGGUGACAGAGUGCGCAGCGGUGGUACAUUGAUCCUCGCACAGGAGCAAGACCGAGUUGGGGGAGGGUUCGCCAGAAAUCAAGCGUUUAGUGGAGAACUGUCACAGGUGAACCUCUGGGACCGCGUGCUGUCUCCAGCUGAAGUAGGGGCGGACUGGUCGGCGUUCUGUAAUCACCAUGGCAACGUCAUUGACUGGGCAACCGCUAAUAUCCAAGUUGUGGGUCAGGCCGUCAGUGAUCAGUAUCGUUGUCCAGCCACCCCGACACCCGGCUCCGGUGACCAGAAGAGAACAACCUUCCCCUCUCCGCGCAGCACCAAUAACUACGUCAGGCUGAUGACGCCAUUGUCUCAGGACUUACGGAGUUUUACACUAUGUCUGCACAUGCGCACCGACAUGAGCUCCAGCAGCGACGCAGCUUUGGUCAGCUACGCUGUGACGCAACAGGCCAACGAGCUACUCGUCUUCAAUAAGGGAGGGCGCGGUUUUAAGCUGUAUAUACAAGGCCAGGAAGUUGUCCUGGGUCCCUUGCCAGUGUGGGACGGCGCGCGGCACGCCUUAUGUGUUACCUGGCGCAGCAGUGAUGGCUCUUGGCAGGUCUUCGCUGACGGUGUGCUGAAGAAUAGCGGCUCGAGAUUUCGCAGCGGUGGAAGAGUGCGCAGCGGUGGUACAUUGAUCCUCGCACAGGAGCAAGACCGAGUUGGGGGAGGGUUCGCCAGAAAUCAAGCGUUUAGCGGAGAACUGUCACAGGUGAACCUCUGGGACCGCGUGCUGUCUCCAGCUGAAGUAGGGGCGGACUGGUCGGCGUUCUGUAAUCACCAUGGCAACGUCAUUGACUGGGCAACCGCUAACAUCCAAGUUGUGGGUCAGGCCGUCAGUGGUCAGUAUCGUUGUCCAGCCACCCCGACACCCGGCUCCGGAGCGCGCGGCCUGCUGAAGUCCAGACCGAACCCUGCGGACGAAAACAAGAUGGAGCUCCUGCCUGGCGCAAAAGAGGGCGGCCUUCCGUGUGCCGAGUCUCCCGGGAACGAGACGUGCUCGCAGGCUGGGGACAUCCGUGUGAACGAGCAGCCGGGACUGACCUCCAUGCACACCGUCUUCCUGCGGGAACACAACAGGAUCGCCAGGCGGCUCUCCCAACUCAACCCGCACUGGGACGACGAUCGGGUGUUCUUCGAGACCAGGAAGAUCGUGGGCGCGCUGAUGCAGAAGAUCACGUACGGGGAGGACCUUCCUCACGUUCUCGGUCCGGCCGCCAUGACCAAGUUUCACCUGACCCUCCUCCAGAGCGGGUUCUUCUCUGGGUACGACGCGAGCGUGAACCCCACCAUCUCUAACGUCUUCGCCACGGCAGCCUACCGGUUCGGCCACAGUCUGGUUGAUAACCUUUUCCUACGCUAUGAUCCGGACUUCAACGAGGCCAGCGCGUGCCCAAUUCGGCUGGCCUUUGCUUUCUUCACUCCAUCCCACAUCUUCAACAACGACCAAGGCGGCCCGGACUCCAUCCUACGGGGACUGACCGCCCAGCCCCAUCAGGACUUCACCCGGUUCAUGGUCUCGAGCCUGACGAAGCAGCUGUUUGCGGAUCCUCCCGGGUCGCUCGGCCUGGACCUGGCGGCGCUGAACAUCCAGCGGGGCAGAGACCACGGGCUGCCCGGCUACAACGCCUGGAGGGUGAGGUGUGGCCUGCCCAGAGCCAACAGCUUCGACGAACUGGCGUCUGAAAUCCCAGACGGUUUCAGCCGAAAGAGACUGGAGAAGCUGUACAGCCACGUGGACGACAUCGACGUGUUCGUGGGGGGUCUUGCCGAGGAGUCCGUGCCGGGCGGUGUCGUCGGUCCAACCUUCGCCUGUCUGAUCGGCCUGCAGUUCCAGGCCCUCCGCAAGGGGGACCGCUUCUGGUUCGAGAACCGCGGGCAGUUUACAGCAGCCCAACUUGCUGAGAUCAGGAAGACCAGUCUGGCCCGGAUCCUGUGCGACAACACGGACGGCACCACACACAUGCAGCCGGACGUCUUCAUGCUGCCCACACAGACUGGGAACGAAAGGGUGGCGUGCUCCUCUCUGUCUCAGAUGGACCUGACCAAGUGGCAGGAGUCGGUGUCGAAUUCUCGCGGCCUCCCGGAGUCACUGGAAGGAGAGAACGCCACCAUGUCUGGCCGAGAAUUUGAAGACCACAACGCCGAGAAUGAACUUGAGCGGGUGGCUGAGGAAGCCCGCGACCUCCUCGAGCUGCUGCGCGGGAAACAGGAGGACAUCUACCGGGAGGAGAACGCCGGGCCCAGCGGCGAGUUAGACACCAACGACAUCGGGUACAUCGAGCCUGAGGAGUACGGCCAGGACGUGGUUAACGACUUGGAGUCGAAUUCUCGCGGCAUUCCCGAGUCGCUGGAAGGAGAGAACGUCGUCAUGUCUGGUCGAGAAUUUGAAGACCAAAACGCCGAGAAUGAACUUGAGCGGGUGGCUGAGGAAGCCCGCGACCUCCUCGAGCUGCUGCGCGGGAAACAGGAGGACCUCACCCCGCCGGAGGAGGACCUCACCCCGCCGGAGGAGGACCUCACCCCGCCGGAGGAGAACCUCACCCCGCCGGAGGAGGACCUCACCCCGCCGGAGGAGAACCUCACCCCGCCGGAGGAGGACCUCACCCCGUCGGAGGAGGACCUCACCCUGCGCGGGGAACAGGAGGACAUCUACCGGGAGGAGAACGCCGGGCCCGGCGGCGGGUUAGACACCAACGACGUCAGGUACAUCGAGCCUGAGGAGUACGGCCAGGACGUGGUUAACGACUUGGAGUAGACCC